ACAUAAAGGGGUUACAUGUGAUGUCCUUUUGAAAAGUUUGUUGAAAGGAAAAAGGAAAUGGUAGCAACAGAGGAAAAUAUCAAGGAUUUACCCAGUUCUUACAGGAAAACAGCCUCUUGCUCUUUUCAGCUAGCUUUUCAAAGGACAGGGAUAGGACAGCUCCCUGCCCUCUUUUGGAUAUUUGGAUCUAUUAACCUCCAGAAAUUUAAGCCGAAGUAGUUGGAGGUGGGAGAGGAAUGAGGAAUUCCUCCCUUCGACAACUGCCUGGGUUGAGUCUGCUAGCUGGAAACUGCCAGGAUAGCAGCAAGGAGACAUAAGAGGAAAGAGCAGACAGCAACCACGUUGGACUCAGGCAGUCAUGGGUUUGAAUCCUGUGUCUGUCACCACCUAGCCUGAUGACAUUGGGCAUAUCCUGAGCACCCUGUGCCUUAUCUGUAAAAUGGAAACAAUUAUGCCGACUUUUCAGGGUGGUUUUGAGAAUUAGAGACUAGCUCCUGACACACAGUAGGUAAUCGUAAAUGGGUGACAUUAUGUGGCCCAACCCCUCGUUAUGGGACAGAACGUCUAACGGAUGGGUCAGAACCUGCGCCCUCCGGAUCUUAGAGGAUACAUAGGGCUCCCGCGGCCUCCUCCCUCUCGGAGGUGGGGACAAGGUGGAGGAAGGGCUGCAGGAGGAGGAGCUCAAGCAUCACGACCCGCCCUGCCCCGUCCAGUCUGGCCUGGGCGCCGCGGGAACGCUGUCCUAGCCGCCGCCACCCGAACAGCCUGUCCUGGUGCCCCGGCUCCCUGCCCCGCGCCCAGUCAUGACCCUGCGCCGGUUACUCCUCCCUCUCCAUAUGCUGCUGCUGCUGCUCAGUGCGGCGGCGUGCGGGACUGCGACUGGGUUCGAAACCGAAAGCCCCGUCCGGACCCUCCAAGUGGAGACCCUGGUCGAGCCCCCCGAACCAUGUGCGGAGCCCGCUGCUUUUGGAGACACGCUUCACAUACACUACACGGGCAGCUUGGUAGAUGGACGUAUUAUUGACACCUCCCUGACCAGAGACCCUCUGGUUAUAGAACUUGGCCAAAAGCAGGUGAUUCCAGGUCUGGAGCAGAGUCUUCUAGACAUGUGUGUGGGAGAGAAGCGAAGGGCAGUCAUUCCUUCUCACUUGGCCUAUGGAAAACGGGGAUUUCCACCAUCUGUCCCAGCGGAUGCAGUGGUGCAGUAUGACGUGGAGCUGAUAGCACUGAUCCGAGCCAACUACUGGCUAAAGCUGGUGAAGGGCAUUUUACCUCUAGUAGGGAUGGCUAUGGUGCCAGCCCUCCUGGGCCUCAUUGGGUAUCACCUAUACAGAAAGGCCAGCAGACCGAAAGUCUCCAAAAAGAAGCUCAAGGAAGAGAAACGAAACAAGAGCAAAAAGAAAUAAUAAAUAAUACAUUUUAAAAAAAA